GUUGCCGAAGAUAGUUGCCCGGUUGGUACACAGACGUCGUUUAGCCAACGUUACGCUUAUUUGGCGGAUUAUUUCCGGAGCGGUAAAAUGAACCCGACAAUAUGGACAACAGAACGAGCAUCCGGGAAGCAUCAGCAUGAGUUAGCCCGGCCAACAAUUGUAGUACCAAUUCGCGAAAUGAUCGAGCAUGCAGUUCCAUCCAGUGUGCUGAAUACGCUAUCACAGUUUUCGGAACCGAGGACCGAAAAAACUGUGCCAUUUGCCAGCAAAACUUUCGACUCCAUUUACAUUCAUUCGAUUGACGAGGAAUUCAUCGUAUGCUUUCUUUGCUUUUCUGCUCGAUUCUGUUGUCGCCAACUACUUAUUGCUGUUAAUGUUAUUGAGGGACAGCCAAACCAGUUUAGACCUGACCUAUCCUGA